UCAAAGGAAGUGGUUUCCUCUACUACCACCAGAUAGGCAGUUUUUAACAAGUUGACUGACCAGUAUAUUUUUUGUGGAACAAGAGCCACGGACAAAAGAGUAUGGAAAAGUCGGAGACGCAGCGUCGGGGCAUGCGAAGCGGGUGAGCGUCGCGUUCCAAUUUCUACUCAGGAGCUUAGGACCUCUACAAAGGCAAACCGUACCGUAGAACGAGCAUUCAGACAUGGGAACUGAUUUGGGCUUUAUUCUAAUUCCCAGACCGUUUCCGAAUUCUCGGAGGCAUCUGGGGUAGCCCAAAUGGCCACGAAAGUUCUAUUUGAGUACUGA